CAACCAUUUGCACAAGGCCAGAGGGUCCAAAGACGCGAAACUUAAUAGCUUGGGCAGGCAUAACGUGAGGCAAACCCGCUCUCGCCGCCUCCUUAACGGCCCCGCCUUGCUUGCCUUCGCAAGUUGCACGCAUAACUGUGGCAAUUACAGCCGUGCACUGAUAGAUAGGCUCACAGAUAACUGGUUGCACUACGUUGCGCCAGCUUCCGCAAGGCCCUGCAGCAGUGUUCCUAGUUUUGCUACUCUUACUGCGUUUAUUAUUCGUUAGUAAAGACCAGCAAUCUUGGCAGCAAUGGAGCUUGGACUCGCAGAGAGUCUGGGCGACGCCGACUCCCUAGCAGCCUACCUAAAUGGCAGUUUCAUCGGUGGAGGCUCGCUGGAGCAGACGCUGGAGGCACCUUCAUUUUUAGGCGAGCUCGCUGCCAUUACGGGGUCUAUGGAGGCUCCUUAUGCGGCGGCAGCACCUGAGCUGCCGGCAGAGCUCAAGCCAGAGGAGCUGCCUUCGACAAGCGGCGCAGGCUUCCUGCCACAGUCGGAGGCGGGGCCGAUGUCCGAGGCCGGGCUCUCCGCCGAUGGCGGGCUUAUGUCGGAGGACGACGCGGAGGGCGGCGCAACGUCCUGCAAGGGCGGCGGCAAGCGCCGUCGGCGGAUACGCACCGAGAGGCAGCAGGUGCUGAAUCGCCUAGCACAGCAGCGAUACAGGCAGCGCAAGAAGGAGAAGGUCCAGGCGCUUCAGCACAACGUGGACGCCUUGCAGAUGCAGCUGGAGCGGGUCAGCUUCCUGGAGUCGCAGUGCGACUCACUGCGCGGCACGGUGGCUCAGCUAGGCGCGGACCUUGCUGCCAAGGACGCGGGGCUGGCGGCGGCGCAGGCGCAGCUGCGGCAGGCGGCGGUACUGCUAAAGGGCGCGCAGGACAAAUGCGCUUCGCAGGAGCGGCAGCUGGCGGAGCAGGCGCAGGCGCUGGAGGCGCAGCGCUCACAGCUGCGUGUGUCCAACCUGGCCAGCCUGGACCCCCAGGCCCUGUCCGACCGGCUGCUGGCGCUGGUGAAGGAGGCCUUCGCCGCCGCUGCCGCAGAGCGCAGCUCGGAGAUUGACGGCUCCGGGAUGGCGGCGCCGGCGGCGGCUGCCGCGGCGCCUUCGGCGCCGCCACCGCUGGCGAUGUCGGAGGAGGUGGUGGCGGCUCUGAGCCGCAGCCUCACCAGCUGCUGCCGCGAGCUGGUGUUUGCUAGCAAGGGCCUGGGCGGCAAGCAGGCGGCGGCGGAGGCACCGUCCGUCAUCCCCGUGCAGUGCUGCUAAGGCACGCAGGGGCGCUGAGAGACGUUUGGUGCUGCUGGCGCCGCCGCCAUGGAGGUUGGCUGCCAAGUUUGCCUCGCCGCCAGCAAUUCAGGCACGGCGCGGGAUAGCAUGCCAAUGGCGGUGGUGGGUGGUGCUGUGGACAUAUGCCGUGCGCGGUGACUGUACUAUGGCUCUUGUUCGGCGCUCAUAUGCGGUCGACGAAUCGGAGAUCCUCUUUCACAACGGAACGCUGCAAACUCUACAUAUGCGUGUCACGUGUCGCGUGUCGGGUGCGGGUGUGCAGCACGGCGGCACCCGACGCAUGUACGGUAGUUUUCCAUUAGGCCCUUGACUGACAGACAGUACUGAAGGUAUAGGUUGUUAUGUAUGAUAUUCUGUAGCUAACAGAGAGGUAGCGAGUUCCAGCGGGCGGGAUGUUGCAGACGGUACUGACGCCAAAAGUGUUGUGCGGUGCUGUGGUGGGGCUUGGAUGGAUCCACGUGGUCACAAGCGAUGCGGGAUCGCACGGAUUGCAAAGCAAGCAGGUCGUAGGCUAUUAGUGUUGCCUAGGCUGCUAGCUUUUGCGGCCACCUAUUCUUCGGGAUUACUGCAGCCGCUGUAUUGAAGGUAGACAGCGUUAUCAACGGAUGGUGGUGAACUGAUGGAGCGGCCGACCGUGAGCCUCUCAGAUAGGCUGUAGGUGGGUUCGGCGCGCGUACUGCGGAUGCGCACAGGGUCAGGUGCACCUGUGUGACAGUGACAUAAGGCCGAAUGAGGAUGGACGCGAGGGGGAAGGCAUGCGUUUCGGCAGAUGUGGAGUAAUGAGUUGAGGCCGGUGCAAAAAGGAAGAUGAGUAGUGGAGAACACGGGUGUCUAGUAGUCCUGUGUACCUGUAACAGUUGCAAGUU